CCUGCUGACCACUGGGUGCACGUGCACAACAUGAAGACGACGAGUGAUGACGGAAUACUUGACCCCGAUGACCUCCUCAGUGACGUCGUCGACGAUCGCGAGCAGAUCGAGGCGAGCUUCGAGGAGCAGACGCAGCCGCACAACGGCGGCGACGGAACAAGUGGCAGCUCUUCCGUCGGCACGUCCAGCCCCGAGCUGAUAGUCUGUUUCAUCGCGCACGCAACCUUUAUCGCCCUUGAUCCUGACCUUGACCUCGCCACGCAGAUCGAGGCGAGCUUCGAGGAGCAGACGCAGCCGCACAACGGCGGCGACGGAACAAGUGGCAGCUCUUCCGUCGGCACGUCCAGCCCCGAGCUGAGCCUU